AUGUCCGGCGUAGCCGACGAGUUGUCCAUGCAUCUUCUCACGACCCCGCUGCUGUAUCGCAUCUUGACCUUGAACCGGUCGGAGCGGUAUACCAAAACGGCGGGCGUCGUUCUCCUGGCGCUCUUUACCAUCGUCAUGGCCACCCACAUGCUCAUGGACGAGUUUCUGCUGCACGCCACGACCUUUGGCUUUGCCGUCUACAUGAUUGCCACGAGGGUCGCCGGGCUCAUCUCCCAGCAAGUCCCCGAUCCGCGCAUCAGGACCAACGUCGAAAAGGUCGCUAGGUUCGGCACGCUCAGUUUCGCCUUCGGCUUCCUAGUCUGGCUCAUUGACGAGUGGGCGUGCGGCGUGUUGAACCGCGUGAGGCAGUCUGUUGGCCUGCCCGCCGCAUUCUUCCUCGAGUUGCACGGAUGGUGGCACGUCUUCACUGCAAUCGGCGGCUACAUCGCCGUUGCGCUCGUCGACGAAAUGACGUCCGGCGAAGUCUCCGCCGACCCGACCCAGUCGCUUGCCUGGCCUGUCCCCCUUGCCGCGAAAUACGUACCGGGACUGGGGAAGCCAGGCAAGCCGAAUGGUGUCGACGGCAAGACCGCGUGA